AUUUACCAAUAAUACGAAAGGCAAUGGAAGUUGACAAUCAUAAGGAAGAGCAGUUCAUGGAGGUCGAUGAUGACGCUGACGGCUGGUCUGAGGAGGAUGAUUAUGAUGACUAUGUUGAACCUGAGAUGGAGAAGAAUUUGUCCAGUUAUCAGCCGAAGCUGACUAGUGGAUUCCAUUUCAAAAUAUUUACGGAGGUAGAUAUUGAUGAGCAGAGGAAAUCUAUGAUUAAAGAGGUACAGGAGGUCCUCGGGGUUAGUAAUGAUAGAGCCCAGGUUCUUCUUAUCAAGAAACGGUUUGAUAAAGAUCAAGUCCUUAACUGUUGAUUUGAGGAAAAUGCUAAAAUAGCUGAUGAAGAUGAGGAAGAUACUUUAUUUGAUCCUAGCAAGGAUACCCAAUGAUGUCCUGUAUGCUUUUGCGAUUACCCUAAUGAUGAGGUGACUGUUUCUUCAUGCAACCAUUUCCUGUGUAACACUUGUUUCUAUUUCUAUCUAUCUACUGCUGUUAAGAAUGGACCAAUGUGUAUGAGGACAACAUGACCGACCUCUAAGUGUAAUGAAUUAAUCCCUCCAGGUCAGUGGAAAUCAAUCCUUGAGCCAAUUGAAUACAAGACUUACCAGAAGUUCUAUAUGAAUUACUAUGUAGACUGCAGCAAGGCUAUCAAGUGGUGUCCAUCUCCUGGCUGUGAUAAAGCUAUUUAUUAUCCUGAGCUUACAGCAAUCGAUGUCUUUUGAGAAUGUGGAAAAGCAUUCUGCUUUUACUGAGAGCAAGAUGCCCAUGUCCCAGUUGAAUGUUACUACAGACAGAUGUUCAUGGAUAAACUCAGGCAAGGGGACAAGGACGGCACCAACGAUAGCUCAGAGCUUUGGAUGAAGGUAAACUCCAAAGUCUGUCCAAAAUGUAAGUCACCUAUUGAGAAAAACCAAGGAUGUAUGCACAUGACUUGCUACAACUGUAAAUACGAGUUUUGAUGGCUCUGUAUGGGCGAUUACAGGAACCACUCCAAAGAGACAGGAAUUGGGCUUUGUAACAACUAUGCUGACCUUACCAAAGUUAACAGAGCCAAGAAAGGGGAGCUCAAGGAGAAAGUCAGGCUUGACAUGAGGCUGCGGAAGUUUGCACAUUACGCCACAAGGUUUAAAGAGCAUCUAAAGUCAGUGGAUUUAGAUAAAAAGAGAGGAGAGCAGCUUGUCAGCCAAAUAGAUUUUAUCCUGGCUAAAUCUGGCAACAAAUACACUCUAGCUGAUUUCUCUUUCCUCAAUGAUGUCAUAGAGUUAGUACUAAAGGCAAGAAGAGCUGUUGCAAAUACUUACUCAAUGAGGUUCUUCAUGAAGGGUAAAAGGAAGAAGUCUUUCUUUGACUUCAUGCAAGGAGAGCUAGAGCUUUCUCUUGAGUCAUUAUCAAGACUCCUCAUCAAAGAUAUAACAGAAUUUAUCGAAAUGGGGCCAGAUAAAAGCAUAUCUUUGAAGGAAGAGUUUUUCAAAUUCAAAACAGACGCAGCUCAGAUCAGGUCUGCUGUAGAUACACAUUUCAUCAAGGUCCUAGGUAGUAUCAAGAACGACUUUCCUGAAGUUAAGGAGGAAGAAGGAAAGGAAGAACUAGAUAGCUCCGAUGAAGAUAGUGGACCCGUCACCUCUGCAAAAGUAGAAUGGACUUGUUAUAUCUGCACUACCAACAAUAAGAAAAAUGAUGACAAGUGUAUUGCAUGUGGAGCUCCCAGAGCAUUUACUGGAUAA